CCCCGCGCGGAGCUGCCGCUGACAUCACGGGGCCUGAGGCGGCGGCGGCGCCCCCGGCCCAGCCCCGCAGUCCCCUAGGCAGAGGCGCCGCCGUGGUGCCCGGCGGAGGAUGGUGCGCGGCGCGCCGGGGGCUCCCUGCUGCCAGAGCCGCAGCGCCGCAACGGAGCCGGCCGCGGCGGGCAGUCGACCCCCGCACCGGGCGCGGGGCGGGCGGCCGCGGUGAGGCGCGGAGGGCGGCGCGGGAGCCGGAGCCGGGCUGGGGCUGCAGCCGCAGCAGCCAUGGGGGCCCUGACGAGCCGGCAGCACGCGGGAGUGGAGGAGGUGGACAUCCCGUCCAAUUCCGUGUACCGCUACCCGCCCAAGUCCGGAAGCUAUUUUGCCAGCCACUUUAUUAUGGGAGGAGAGAAGUUUGACUCAACUCAUCCUGAAGGUUACCUGUUUGGAGAGAACAGUGAUCUGAACUUUCUGGGGAACAGACCAGUUGUGUUUCCUUACGCCACCCCACCUCCCCAAGAACCCGUGAAGACGCUGAGAAGCCUCGUCAAUAUCCGAAAGGACACACUGAGGCUCGUCAGAUGUGCUGAGGAAGUGAAGAGCCCUGGAGAAGAGGCCAGCAAAGCUAAAGUCCACUACAAUGUUGAGUUCACCUUUGACACAGAUGCUCGGGUAGCCAUCACCAUCUAUUACCAGGCCAUGGAAGAGUUCCAGAAUGGUAUUGCCAGCUACAUUCCCAAAGACAACAGCCUCCAGUCGGAGACUGUGCACUACAAGCGAGGAGUGUGUCAGCAGUUCUGCCUGCCCUCCCACACCGUGGACCCCUCCGAGUGGGCGGAAGAGGAGCUUGGCUUUGAUCUGGACCGAGAGGUUUACCCUCUAGUGGUACAUGCCGUGGUAGAUGAAGGAGACGAGUAUUUUGGCCAUUGCCAUGUACUGCUGGGUACUUUUGAGAAGCACACAGAUGGAACUUUCUGUGUCAAGCCCCUCAAACAGAAACAAGUAGUAGACGGGGUCAGCUACCUCCUUCAGGAGAUCUAUGGAAUUGAAAACAAGUACAACACACAAGAUUCUAAAGUGGCUGAAGACGAAGUGAGUGAUAACAGUGCCGAGUGUGUGGUGUGUCUCUCGGAUGUCCGGGACACCUUGAUUCUGCCCUGUCGCCACCUCUGCCUCUGUAACACCUGUGCAGACACCCUGCGCUACCAGGCCAACAACUGCCCCAUCUGCCGACUGCCCUUCCGGGCACUGCUUCAGAUCCGAGCCAUGAGGAAAAAAUUGGGCCCAUUGUCCCCAACCAGCUUUAACCCCAUCAUCUCAUCCCAGACAUCUGACUCGGAAGAGCAUUCAUCCUCAGAGAAUAUUCCACCAGGCUAUGAAGUAGUAUCUCUUCUGGAGGCCCUCAAUGGGCCCCUCACCCCAUCCCCAGCAGUUCCUCCACUUCACGUGCUUGGAGAUGGCCACCUCUCAGGAAUGCUCCCUUCAUAUGGUAGUGAUGGCCACCUGCCCCCCGUCAGGACGAUCUCCCCUCUUGACCGCCUGUCCGACUGUGGCAGCCAAGGACUCAAACUCAAGAAGAGUCUCUCCAAAUCCAUUUCCCAAAAUUCUUCCGUGCUGCCUGAAGAGGAAGAUGAGCGUUCCUGCAGUGAGUCGGAGACACAGCUCUCUCAGAGACUGUCAGCUCAGCAUCUCGGAGAGGUGACUGGCGCUUGCUCCAUGUCCUGUUGUGUCCCCCACACCCCCCAGGAAUGUGGUGUGUCUCCAGAAAGUGAGAACCUCACCUUGUCAUCAUCUGGAGCUAUUGACCAGUCGUCUUGCACAGGGACGCCUCUGUCGUCCACUAUUUCCUCCCCAGAAGGCCCUGCCAGCACCAGCAGCAGCCUGGCCCAGUCUGUCAUGUCCAUGGCAUCCUCCCAGAUCAGCACCGACACCGUCUCCUCCAUGUCUGGCUCCUACAUUGCCCCUGGCACUGAAGAGGAGGGAGAGGCUGUCCCUUCCCCCCGGGCUGCCAGCAGGGCCCCCUCAGAAGAAGGAGAGGGGCUGCCAGCGGAGUCUCCAGACAGCAGCUUUGCUGGCCUCCCAGCUGGAGAGCAGGAUGCAGAGGGAAAUGAUGUUACAGAGGAAGAGGAUGGAUCACCCACACAGGAAGAUGGCCAGAGGACAUGCGCAUUUCUAGGUAUGGAGUGUGACAAUAACAAUGACUUUGACAUCUCAAGCGUGAAAGCACUGGACAAUAAGCUGUGCUCUGAGGUCUGCUUACCUGGUACCUGGCAGGCUGAUGACAAUGCCAUCAGUCGAUGUAACACCCAGCGCCGGCGCUUGUCAUCCAGCAGCCUGGAGGACUCUGAGACGAGGCCUUGUGUGUGGGGCCCUUUGGCUGUCUGAGCCCCAGCCCCUGCACUUGGGCUCCCCUCCUGCCCCUGCAUUCCAUCCAUCAUCACUCGGCUGCUGCCUCCUGGGCAUCCUCAGCAAGAGGCUGGACUUUUCACCCUCCUGUGACAAGACAGCUCAUACAACCUGUAACCGCAAUCCUUCACCUCUAAGAGGAGACUGGAGCCCUCCUUUCUCCCUGUGGCCUAAAGCCACUCAAAGAACUGCAGCUCAUGAGACCCUUUGCAGGGACUCUGGAAUGUCCCCAUGGUAUCGGCAUUCAGAUGGAGCUGGGGUCCAUGGGCUAGUUGUUUCUUAUGCAUCUUUUUUCUCCUUAGGGGGUAGGACAAGAAGGCUUAGAGUUUUGGCAGCUUUGUUAUAAACAUCCCUCUGGCAUUUCCUGGUCUCUGGCACACCAUAAGCAAUUGAAAUCCUGAAGUUUGGGGUGGGGCUGGAGGACGGCUCCUGUGGAAAGGAGAGCCAUACUGCACGCAUGUGGCCUUUCCUUCCACAGGCACCAGGAGUGCCUUUCUCAAGGACAAGAAAUGGUAGCAGCCAAAAGUUGAUUGAAAGAAACAAUCCUUCCCUCUGGGAGCAGAGCCAGUCUCCUGGGCCUGCUUACGAAGGAGCCCUUGAAUCUGAGAAUCCCCCAGUUAAGAUGAUUCCCCAUAAAGAGCAUUUCUCCUGAUCAGGUGCAUUCAGGGAGGCCGAGGACUCUAUCCCAAGAUGACAUUCCAAGAAACACGUGUUGACCUCUCUACGUACCAAGUACUGGGUGAGGAGCAGUCACAUGUUACAUCAUAAUUCAGCCCCACUCACCCAGGAGGUGGCAUUCUUGUCCCUGUUGCCCCCAUCUCUGUCCCCUUUUGUUAAUGGUGGACAUGUGGACCAGUGAUUCUCAGUUUGGUACCCAGGUCCCCACAGGAGGUGGUGGAGAGGUUUGAGCGAAGUUCAGGCAGCAGCAUGCAGCCAGCAGUGAGCCGGGAGCAGAGGCUGGAGUCAGGGCUCAGGGAGCAGAGGCUGGAGUCAGGGCUCAGGGAGCAGAGGCUGGAGUCAGGGCUCAGGGCCUUCACCUCAGGGGCCCCGUCCAUCCUCCACGUGUUCCUCCCUUGCCUUCCAGAGCUGCUGAGCCUAGUUAGUAAGUGGGGAGAUGGGGCCAGUCACAUGCUGAUUGGCAGUUCAGAGAUCGUGUUCUGUUCAUGUGCCCUCCCCGCCCCAGCCCAGUGCAAGGGCACAAAUACAAGAGCCAAAACAGCACGUCUGGACUGUGAGGUGGUGGCUGCCCCGCUUCCUCAGCACUUGCGUCUUGGUGAAUUCCAUGUGGCUCUUACAUGUGUUGUCUAUUGGCCUUUGGAAAGAUGUUUCUUUAGUAGGGCAUGAGAGUAUUUGGAAAGCAAAGCUAGAAACAACUAUUAUUUGUGAGGUUGAGAUAUUCAGAUGGAGCUGGGGUCCGUUGUGGUGGACUUGUCUUAGGGUUUGGAAUUGUUACCCUAAAAAAGCUUUUCAAGGCUGUUUCCAGGCCCAAUAGCCUCAAAAAGAGCCUGGUGCCCAGGGGGUCCUUUGCUCCUGUGUGGCUGCAGAGGCCAGGAGCGUGGUGACUGUCACACUGCCUAGUGGUUGUGGCUCACAUCCUGCCCUGAUGAGGGGAGCCGGUUGUCCACCCUCUCUGAAAUACUACAGUAGACUGCCAUUUCAGUCCCCACCUUAAUGUCCUUUCCUUCCCCCGACAUUCUUCCAGCCCCUUUCAUAGUUAAGAUGCAUAAGCUGAGCAAUAACCCCACUUCCUGAUUUCCCUGAAACAUGAGCCCAGAAGCAGCAGGGAUAGUGGUGGCACACAGACCACCUCCCGUCCUGUCCCCUGCAGGUAGUAUUCACAGUGUGGUGUUACCUGGGAGGAGGGAGGAAGGAGCUGAGAUGAAGGAGAUUCAGUUAAACAGUAGCUGCAGUGGCCAGGACCCCCUUCCUGGAGGUGUCCUUCCUCACAGCGAGUGCUCAGUCCUCUCCUACAGAGAGGUGCAGAAAGAUUCCUCAAGGCCUCAGUUCCACGUCCACAGCAUACCUAGGUUAGCAAUGUCCUUUACUUGUUUCUCAGUUCCAAUUUCUUCUCUUCCUCCCUCCCCCACCUUCUCUUGGCUGUCAUUUAGCUGUCUGGCCGGCAGAAAUACACCAUCCAAGGAGUUUAGUCCUCAGUCAGCCUGAUUAGGACAGGUCAGUGGUCAACCCUUUUGCCCCCAUCCUUCAUCUGGAGACAGUCACAUAGUCACGUCCACAGUUUGCCCACAGAGAAGAGGUAGGGGCCUGGCUUCUCCCACAGGGCACAGCAUAACUCUGGAGACCCAGGGCUCCUUCCUGCUGCGCUCGGCCUGUGCCCUCCCUAUGGCCUUCAGGUGGUGUGACCCCGGCUUCCUCACAGAGCCCUGCUCUGUCUAGUUCCAUCCCACAAGAGUUUCCACCCCUACUGAGGCAUCUCUUGGACACAGACCCCCACACUCUAAUGCGUCUCACCUGGGGAGUUAGGAUCCUGCCCACCCGGGGCUGGCACACUGGUUGCUCACUUUGCUUUGGUCUGCACACCUGGUGUGCGCAUGUGUAUACUGCUUGUGCCAUCUGUGUACCCCUCCCUGGGGUACACUUGUGGGCACGCUACAGUGGGGACAGCAAGAAUGCAAUAUUUAUGGAUUGCUGCAUGAUUCUUAAAAAUGAAUAAAACUUUACAAGGGAAGGAGAGCUGACUAACUGCAAA